CGCGCGGAUUCUUCACUUGUAAGGACAUGUGCACUGGCUAAAAGCGAAAUAUCGCCUGCAGGGCUGAGAAUGACAGUUUCAGAUGGAUCAAAUUCCAGACUGGAAGACACACCCUGUGAACAACUGUGCAGGGAAGAAUCUUUUCCAGAAUUUCAGCAUCUCCUAAACAACUAUUGACUUGUUUGUGUUGCCUUACCCAGGAACGUAGAGCUCACCAUCCAAAUCAGACAGCGGUUUUAUAUGCCGCUGUGUUCCAUGUGCCUCCGUUCUCAUCUAGCUUUGUUUUCUAGACUUAGAAAGACAUUCAGGUGUCCUUAACGAUGAGAUUGCAUUUUAGCCCUGUCGGUUCCCAUGAAACCCAGCGUAGGCUGUAAGCGCGUUAGCCAAGCACUGUGACAGGAUUUAGCCCUUCAGAGUUAGAGGCACUAUUGUUUCCCCCAGCGCCCCUGGAAUGCCACCGCCUCUGCCGUCGAAUGACACUGAGCUGCCACCCACAGCACACAGCGCCUAUGGUGCUCCGGGAUCCUGCACGGGACAUCUGGAAUUUGAGAGAACAGUGUGAUCAGUACAGUCUGAUGCUCAGAAGAAGAAUGUGAAUAUGACACGGUUUGUCUCUUCUGAAUAAACGAAGAAAGUGACUAUGAAAGCACAGAACCUGCCUUCUGUCGCCAUCAGCGAGGAGAAGUUCAUUACCAGAGAGCAGCUCAGUUCCCUGCUGAAGACGUACAACUCGUACUACUCUGAUCAAGAAAAUCUGCAGCUCUCCUACACUCAGCAAGAAGGAGGCAAACCAUUUAUUGAGGGAAUCUUGCCAAUAUUUUGGGGAGUUCGACAUCCCAUCCGACUGAAAAUUCAGGAUGAGAAGCAGAUACCCUCUUUUGUAACCUUGAAGUCAGCCGAGAGUGUGGGUGUGUUCCCUGGUAAAAGGGGGAUGACACGCUGGGGAGAGUUUGAUGACCUGCAUCAUAUUAGUGGGGAGACAGUGAAAUGUCCUGAAGAGCCAACCCUUGAGCCAAGUUAUUCCUGUUAUGAAAGCCGCACUCUGAAGUUGAAGAGCGAGCAGGAACAUGAUUGUGCUACCUUGCCCAGGGCUGUCCGUGAUGCUGUGGCCAUGCGGAAGAGGAGCCGGCUCCCCACGAUAAUGAGGACGGAAGUAGAAACUCAUAGGUUCUCAAUUAAUGGCCACUUCUACAACUAUGAGACAUCUGUUUUUACUCCGGCUUUUGGAUCAGAGACCAAAAUAAGAGUGAACAGCCAGAUGAGAACAAGACAAGUGAUAGAACAAUUGCUUCGAAAGUUUAAGAUAGAGAACAGCCCGCAGGAAUUUGCACUUUACAUUAUCCACGCAUCUGGAGAAAAGAAGCAGCUGCGGAGCGGAGACGUCCCCUUACUGUACAGGCUCCUUCAGGGUCCCUCGGAGAAGAUCGCCAAGUUCUUCCUCAUGGACGGGGAUGUGGAAGAGGUCAGCAGCGAUGUUGCUCAGUAUAUUCAGUUCCAUCUUCCCUUUUUGGAGUCCAUUCUGCACAGACUCGAUGAAGAGGAAGAGCAGGAGAUCCAGCAGACAAUUGCAAGGUACCUAAAGGAGAAGAGACUGAUAAGCCAACACCUCCACAGCCGAGCUGCUAAAAGAACAGAGACGACUGUCUGAUGCGAGUGCCCGGUUGUGAGUACCCCACGCGCCGCCCGUGCCGAUGGGGAGUGGGUGUGUGCACGCGCCGCGACUGAACAGCACUUACAGCACAGGUGUUUCAAGUCCUGGAGUUUCUCUUGGGACCUUUGCCACCAAAACUGAGCCCCCUCCUCUCCAGCUCUGCAGCACAAGUUGGAGCCGCCUAUGAAGAUGCACUUGAUCCUCCCAAGGUGGAGCCUGAAUCAAGCUUGAAACUUAAGCGAGGGAAGAAUCCUGUGAGAAUCCCUAGGCUGUGACCCUGCUGAUCCACAAACCGUCGCCAGAGGCCUAUAGCACUGCGGGAAAACAUCACAGUAACCCGUCUGUUAAUGGUACAGAAAACACGAAAAGCUGAAUUAGAUUUGGAGGAGGCUUUUCCGUAAUGCUAAGUGGCAAAAGGUGGUGGUGUAUCCAAGACCACAGUGAGGCUUUUCACUUACUCUAAAAUGUAUCUCCGCAAGACCUGAAAUCCUGGUGCCUGCAGGCUGCUGGGUGCCUGCCUUGCUUCAGCUUGGAGCUGCGCUUAAAAGAAGGUAAACGGAAACCUUCCCAUGUAACAGCUCCUCCACUCCUUAAAACCGAGAGCAGAUUUGUCUCCACAGCCUCUCCUGAGCUGCACAGCGAGUGCUGUCAUUAACACUGCUGCAGGAGUGCCCCUGGGAGCGGGGAGGCACCUCAGCUUUGGUGGUGGUGGAAGCAAAUGAGUCUGUGUCGUUGCUGUGUGUUUUGUGUGGAAAAGGAAGUUGGAAGCGCUCAGUGAGAGGCUGAAUGUCAGAGCUGUGCUGGGCCUGUGCGGGUGUGUCCCCCGCGGGUGUGGUUUGGGGCAGAUUGGCCCCGGCACAGUGUGCAGUAGCCCAGGGGUCCGAGUUGUGCUCGAUAUCGGAGCUCAAACUGCAGAGGUGUCAAUAAAAUCCCACUUAUGCACAAAGAA